CAGAAAAAUGGCGUCAAAUCAAAACAAGAAGGAAAAUGAAACCGAUGAUGAUUCUGAAUUUGAUUGUCAUGGAAUAAUGAUAAAUAAAGAUAAGAGAGAUGCUAUGGCAGGCGGUCUUUUAGAUUUACUAAAACCUGCCGUCGAAGAAGUUGACCUACGUGUAAAAUCUGUAAGAGAAAGUCAAGUAGAAUUACGGCAACAUAUAGAUGAUCUUGAUGAAGUUUUGAAGCAUCUGGCUACUGAAAAAGAGGCCCCCAUUGAACUUGAUGCUUAUGUCAAAAAGCUUACUAACUGUAAACGAAAGAUUACUGUCAUAAAUAGCAUAUUACAUAAUGCACAGGAACGGCUUAGUCGUCUUCACUACAACAUUUCUAGAGAGAAAGCUAAGAAAAAAGCACAGCUGGAGCCCCCGACGUUAUGGCCUCAACUCUGAGUUGAGUUCAGUUGAAAGAAAGAUUACAAAAAUUGAAUCAGCGGAUCAGCAAGGUUACUGGAAAACGAACCUCAAUGCUCUAUCUGCUGACAGCCAACCAGAUGCCAGACGUUAGCAGUGUGUCACCACCUGUGCAAUAAUGCGAACAACGAAUAGGAGCAGCUCAUGAAGAUGCUUUUUAACGGAUGUUUCCAUAUUAGGAAUAAUGGAAUUAUUAUAUAUUAUUACUACAUGGCUAGCACAAUCUGGAGCUUGGUUGAUAAGAUAUGUCCCUUGCAGUCCUGCCAUUCUGGGCCUAAUCCUGGCAUAAAUUGUCAGACAUAUAGAUAUUUCCAUGAUGAGCCUCAAAUGCUGGAUGUGCUGAUAGUAAUCAGAAAAACAGUAAAAUGACAUUGUGACUUCAAACUAUAAAUUAUAUCUUUUAAAUUAUGUUAUUAUUCUGCAUCACUAAUUAAUUCAUUAUGCAAACUGAACUAAAAUAAUUGCACUGUGGAAUCUGCAAACAGAAAAUGGUGAUGUCAGUCAUGCAAUGUGCCGGUAUUUUUCAUUAUGAAAUAGAAAUAUAGUAAUGAUUUAAUCUCGUGAUUAAUUAUCAACCAAUCAAAUUUCAGGAAUCUAAACAGGUGUAUAUAAAAUGGAAUUGUUUUAAGACAUGAACAAAAUUUUAAACAAAAUAACAAAAUAUUCUUCUUACAUUCAUGACAAAUUAUCAUGAUAGAAUUUCAUUAUGAAUUGAUUGGAUUGGAUUGAAUUUCUUUGAUGUGAUAAAAACCAAGGAUAACCCACAAAAGUCCGAGACUUUCCAGUGGGCCUGUUCUUUUCCAAAAAAUGAGUGUACUGUGUUCUCUAAAGUGCACAUGGGCCAUUUUGCACACAG